GGACGCUUCCCCCUCCCCUCCCCAGUAGAAAGCAGGAGAUUUUUCAGCUGUUCAUACACUGUAGAAUGCAAGUUUGAAAUUUCCUACCUUUCAAUCUGCAGACAAGGGCUUGAAAAUUGCUGAGCUGAAGCUUUUACACACGGGUUUAAAGGCAGCAUUGGAGAGAUAACAAUGAAUCAUUAUUGCAUUGGGCUUAUGUGGACUGUGCUUUGUUCUGAACUGUUCAGCAGCCUCAGUACUACUGUCAAAUCCCCAAGGUUCAGAGGACGUGUGCAGCAGGAGCGAAAAAAUAUUAGACCGAACAUUAUCCUUGUACUCACAGAUGACCAAGAUGUGGAGCUUGGUUCUUUGCAGGUGAUGAAUAAAACUAGGAAGAUAAUGGAGAACGGUGGCGCCAGUUUUAUCAACGCAUUUGUAACUACACCAAUGUGCUGUCCGUCUCGUUCCUCAAUGUUGACGGGGAAGUAUGUUCACAACCACAAUAUCUAUACGAAUAAUGAGAAUUGCUCUUCCCCUUCUUGGCAAGCAACGCACGAACCACGUACCUUUGCAGUGUAUCUCAACAACACUGGGUAUAGGACUGCUUUUUUUGGAAAAUACCUCAAUGAAUACAAUGGCAGCUACAUCCCUCCUGGUUGGCGGGAGUGGGUUGGAUUAAUCAAGAACUCUCGCUUCUAUAAUUACACUGUUUGUCGCAAUGGCCUCAAAGAGAAGCAUGGAUUUGAAUAUGCAAAGGACUAUUUCACCGAUUUAAUCACUAAUGACAGCAUUAAUUAUUUCAAAACAUCAAAGAGGAUGUAUCCCCAUAGACCCAUAAUGAUGGUGAUCAGCCAUGCUGCCCCCCAUGGACCCGAAGACUCUGCACCACAGUUCUCCGAGCUCUAUCCAAACGCUUCCCAGCACAUAACUCCCAGUUACAACUAUGCACCAAAUAUGGAUAAGCAUUGGAUCAUGCAAUAUACAGGUGCCAUGCUUCCUAUCCACAUGGAAUUUACAAAUGUCUUGCAGCGCAAAAGACUUCAAACUCUGAUGUCAGUUGAUCAUUCCAUGGAAAGGUUAUAUCACAUGCUAAUGGAGACUGGAGAACUGGAGAAUACCUACAUUAUUUAUACUGCUGACCAUGGUUAUCAUAUUGGGCAGUUUGGACUGGUCAAGGGGAAGUCAAUGCCAUAUGACUUUGAUAUCCGCGUUCCUUUCUUUAUUCGUGGUCCAAGUAUAGAGCCGGGAUCAGUAGUAUCUCAAAUUGUGCUGAAUAUUGACCUUGCUCCAACGGUUCUGGAUAUUGCAGGACUUGACACGCCUCCAGAUAUGGAUGGCAAAUCUAUUCUAAAACUCCUGGACCUUGAUAAACCAGGGAACAGGUUUCGAACAAACAAGAAAACCAAAGUUUGGCGUGAUACAUUCCUAGUGGAAAGAGGGAAAUUUCUGCGGAAGAAGGAAGAGACGAGCAAAACUGCCCAGCAGUCGAAUCACUUGCCAAAAUAUGAGAGAGUGAAGGAAUUGUGUCAGCAAGCGAGGUACCAAACGGCUUGCGAGCAGCCUGGCCAGAAAUGGCAAUGCAUCGAAGACACAUCUGGUAAACUUCGCAUUCACAAAUGUAAAGGGUCCAGUGCCAUUCUUUCCAUCAAAAAGCGAACACGGAGCAUACAUUCCCGGGGAUACAGCAGUAAAGAAAAUGAGUGUGACUGUGGAGAGGCUGAUUACCGGAGCAGUCGGAUGCAAAGAAAAAAUCAAAGGGCCUUUAUGAGAAACCCCAGUGUACAAAAAUACAAACCCCGGUUUGUUCACACUCGUCAGACUCGUUCCCUGUCUGUGGAAUUCGAAGGGGAAAUAUAUGAUAUAAACUUGGAGGAGGACGAGGAGGAGGAGGAGGAAGAGGAGCUGCACAUUCUUCAGCCCAAGAGUGUUGUAAAGAGGCAUGGAAGCUACAGUGAGGAGGACCAUUCUGAAGAUCAUGGGGCUGGUGGUGACGAAGCAAUGCUAGCUGACGGGACCAACACAGUGGGCCAGCCAGACUCUGUCAGAGUGACUCAUAAGUGUUUUAUUCUUCCAAAUGAUUCUAUUCACUGUGAGAGGGAACUGUACCAAUCAGCCAGAGCUUGGAAAGAUCACAAAGCCUAUAUUGACAAAGAGAUUGAGGCUCUCCAAGAUAAAAUUAAAAAUUUAAGAGAAGUGAGAGGACAUCUAAAAAGAAGAAAACCUGAUGAAUGUGACUGUAGCAAAAAGAGCUAUUACAACAAAGAAAAGGGGGUGAAGGCUCAAGAAAAGCUUAAGACGAGUCACCUUCAUCCAUUCAAGGAAGCAGCCCAAGAAGUGGAUGGCAAACUUCAGCUCUUCAAAGAGAACCGGAGAAGAAAGAAGGAAAGGAAAGGGAAAAAGCGCCAGAAGAAAGGAGAUGAAUGCAGCCUUCCUGGACUCACUUGUUUUACCCAUGAUAACAAUCACUGGCAGACUGCACCAUUUUGGAACUUGGGAUCAUUUUGUGCGUGUACAAGCUCAAAUAACAACACUUACUGGUGCUUGCGAACAGUAAAUGAAACACACAACUUCCUUUUCUGUGAGUUUGCGACAGGAUUCCUGGAGUAUUUUGACAUGAACACCGACCCCUACCAGCUGACAAAUACAGUGCACACCGUAGAAAGAGGCAUUUUGAACCAGCUACACAUCCAGCUAAUGGAAUUACGGAGUUGUCAAGGUUAUAAGCAAUGCAACCCAAAACCUAAAGGACUUGAAGCAGAGGACACCUAUGGCAUGGAUGGGAAGGCUAAUCUGCCAAACUUCAUGGAAAACAUCAACUGGCAAGGACUGGAAGAUUUGUACAGUGUGAAUGAAAGUUUAUAUGAAGCCAGAAAUGACUACAGACUUAGUCCUGAUGACUGGACAAAUUACUUGAAGGAUGUAGAUAGGAUCUUUGCACUGCUGAACAGUUACUCUGAGCAAAAUGGAAGAGCAAAGACUCAGUCUGUUCAUCCCAGUGGGGACUUGGAUGAAUCAUCCACACCAUCUGCCUUCCUGGAAAUGAGCUCUGCUGAAUCAGACGAAGGUUCAAGUUGGUUGACAGCCCGAGAGGCACAGCCGAUCAUGCCAACAGAUUUUGGGGGCUUGGCUUUGAGCACAGUUAUGUUAAGCCAGGGAAGCAAACUUGAAUUAAGCAACGAUAUUCCUGCUAAACAGAAUCCAAAUCCACCACACUGGAAUAGUCGCCGAGCCAAAACGUGGCCGGGGGCUCAAGAACCAGUUAGUUUUGAAAUGGACAUUAGCGGGAAUGAUUUGACAGAGCUGGAGUCCAGACAUAGCUUCAUCUUACACCCCGUUAACAUUCUUCAGAAAGACUCUGUUCCAGAUAAUGAAUCUGCAGAAGAUAUUUUUGAAGAGGAGGUCUACCUUCCCGUGAACUCGGUUGCAAAAGUAACCCAUCAGGCUUUAAACACACAAAUUAUGGAGCAGAAAACUGAGAGGGUGUUGAGAAAAAGGGAACAUUUUCCAGAAUCAUCACAGCCUUUAAGUGUAGAAGGCAGUGCCUCCUCUCCACUUUUCUCAAAUUAGUUGUGCAAGCAAGCCACAUUCAUGCUUCCCUCCUUAAUAAUUAGUUGAUAAAUAGAAGUAGCCCUGACAACUGACAUUCCAAAUUUUAUUAUUGUUACACUUUUUGGGUAACAAAAUGAAGCCUGCGCUGUGUUUUACAUACACAUACAUAUGAACUUUCCUCAUAGUGUAGCUGUGGGACCAGAGUUACAGUGUUAAAAAGAAACUGUUAAGUCACUUUGCAGUGAUACCCCUAUUUUUCUAAGGCAUUUGAAAGGUGUCUUCAAAUGAGUCUCGAGUCAUUUGUUUUUCUCUAUUCCCAUAAUGACUCACCACAGAUGAAUGUUUCUGUCCCCCCUAAGCUCUCUGCCUAAUGCAUUUUUGAUUAACAACUUUAACCACUAAAAUUUCAUACUGUCAGAGUAAAAUUAUAUUGCACUUUUAUAAUCUGUGUGCCAUACCCUUUAUUUUUAAUCUGGUAUUUUUACAUGUUCGUAGCUUUGCUAAUGGUAUGUAAUUUGCAAAACAAUAAAAUAAGUUGGUAAUGAAAGCGUAUGCAACAUGGGUUGUGAAAACUCAUUAUCUGAACAUUGAGCAUAAAGUCAUGUUUGAUUUUAAACCUUUGUGCUCAAGUUGAUUUAUGAUAAAACAAAUUCUCAGAAAAGUACAGCAAAGAAAGAUUUAAUGGAGAAGGACUUAAAUUGACUUGAUUUCAGUGUAUGAGGGUAUAAAGUAAUUAAGGCUUUACAUUUUCUCACCCUUUAGCUGGAAAGAAAGUUUAAUUUUCUUUAACUUUGAUGUGCUCAGAAACCACUCAGAUCAUUUUUAGACUUUAUAAAUAUGAACUCCAAUCCAAAGGUGUCUGUACAUGUAGAAAUGUGCCCACACAAACGUGUGAUGUGUAGUGUUCCAUACUGGUAUACUUGCAAAAGUGCCAAAGCCAUCAUUUUUAUUAAAUGGAAUGCAUUGGUGAACCACACAAUUAUUAUUUUUUUACCACCCAGUGGGAGAAUGCACAGCCAUGAUGCCUUAUCGCUAUGCGAUUCUAUCAAAUGCUGGAUGGUAGCCAUACAUUUUACUGUAGGGGCUCUUUGUUCAAAGGGAAUCUCCAAGGUGCACAUGGAACGUAUGUACAAGAAGGGUUUCUCCAUUCACUUUAGUAGAAGAAAGAAGGUUCUCCCAUAUAGCCCUUAGCAUUUAAAUGAAUAUUGAAAAUUGUACAUGUAGAGCCUUGGAGUGCUUUGGAUCAAAACAGCUGAAUAGAAAGAUGUAACUCUAUUUAAAAGGUUUGCAAAUGUAUGUAAGUGCAAUGCCUUCAUUUUAGUACAAUGCCUUCAAAAUUCAGUGCUAGACUUUGCCAAACACUGACAUAUUUUCGAAACCUUAACAUCUGAAUAAGAUACAGCAAAAUGGGUAAUCUCAAAGUGCUAUUUAUCAGCUAUCUGACUUACAGCAAAGUACAUAUUUCAUGUGUAUAAAUGGAGAUAGGGUUAACACAUAAUUUGUUUAAACAAUGAAGUUGAAAAGUUAGCAAUUCCAUAGUCUUGUAAGGCUUUUAAAGAAUUUUCAGGAAAAGCUUGUGAUGGACUGUGUAAACUUGUUGGAAUUAAUUAGGUGUUUAUCAUGUAUGUGUCAUGAGCUGAAAGACAGAACAAACUUAUUUAUGGGCAUGAAUGAUGCUGUUUGUAUAUAGAAUUUACAUUAGGCUAUAAACCGUGUUCUUGUAAAAAAAAAAUCUGCAAUACUUUUAUAGAACAAUUCUGGCUUCAGGAAAGUCUAGAAGCAAUAUUUCCUAAAAUAAAGUGUUCUU